AUGGUGAAUGUCCAUCGGAAACCGAUCCACUCGUUCGGCGAACGCUACAAGGCUAUCGGCCAGGAGAUCGCCUCGGCACUCGAUCCCACUCGGAACAUCGAUGCGCAAACUAUCGAGGUUCUCAAACGAAACAUAGGCGGCGAUCAAUCCUUUGAAAGAUGGCAGGACAAAAUGAAAAGCUAUCACAAUAGCGGCGCGACGUCAUGUGGCAAAAUAUGGGGCUCAGAGUAUAUCGCUUACAGGUGUCGAACGUGUGCCUUUAACUCGUGCAUGUCGCUCUGCGCGCCUUGUUUUGAGGCGGGAGACCACGAGGGCCACGAUUUCAACAUGUUCAAGUCAGGUGCUGGGGGAGCAUGUGACUGUGGCGAUACCAACGUUAUGUGUGAAAAGGGAGUUUGCCCGAAACAUGUUUCAAAAGUCAUUGUUGCUCCGAAUCCGCCCGCUGAAGCGCUGGAGCCUUGUACGCCAAUUAUAUCUUCAAUUGUCUAUCGACUACUGCAUGAACUGCGAGUCAAGUUUCAAGACAACAAGAGGGAACAAAUCGAAGCAUUCUUAAAAGAUCGUCUGGAAAAAGAAGAGCGUUCCAGGAGCACAACUAGUUCAACUCGAACUCCCAACAGCCCUCAAGACAUUCCAGUUCCGCCGCCUCCUGAAGAUGUAGAAAGAAUGACCGAGAGUCCGCUUCCUACUGAAUUCGGGCAGGAUGAACCAAUGCCGGGUGAUGAAAUAACCGUUCAAUCUCCCCCGCCGGAAGGGGGAACCGCUGAACGACCAGAUGAUAUUGUGCCGCUAGAACUAGUCGCUGCCGGGCUCAUGGAUGCGGAAUCUCCCGAGGUCGAAGAAAUGGAUACGGACAUAUUGGAUACAGAUGAGUUCAUUGAUCCAACAGAAGAGAAUGCGAAUGAACGGGGUGCGGAGCUACUCAGAAGGAUAGGCGAGGCACAUGGUCACAGGAACGAAAUUGAAAACGACUUGAGACAAGUUCACUUCAACAGAGAGCCCGAAUUCAAUGCAGGAUUCAGCUUACUAGUCGAUUUCUUAAUUCAACUCAUUCAAAUCGGAACAACCCUGCAAGAUGUCGUCGUUUCAGUUUUAUUCCAAUCGCUGGCCGAUUUCGAAAGCUGCGAACGACCAGAAAUGAAUCAUGAGAACCAGGAAAUCUUCAGAAGAACAAGAGACUACGUUUAUGAAAAACUACGAGCGUUGAACAAUUACGUCCAUGAAGAUGAUGAAAAAUGCACAGCUGCUCUCAGAUUCGAUCUCAGUUCAAGUUCCACUGUAUUGGAAGAAUUCGCUUUCUGGUUAUCUCGCAUGCAUUUUCCAGAUACGCUCAAUAAUUUCCUCCUGCAUCUUCUACCCAAUGAUGCGUAUAAAGAGCAACUAACUGGUUGUUUUGUCAAGAACUAUGUAUUCACUGCGAAAUCGUUGACUAUUUCCAACGAGCCUGAUUCUUUGGCUAAUAGAAUUGUUCACAUCUCCGUCCAACUUCUUUCUAACGAAGCACUAGUUAUGCGUAUGAUUAAAGAACGAAGCUUGCUCGAGGUCUUCAUACAAUCGCUUGGACUUUUGUUUCGUCAAACAUUGAAAGCUGGAAUCGACAAGAGAAAAGUCGUCGAUUGUAGACAUGAGAUUGUUCAGCAAACUGUUUACUGGCCCAUUAUUUCCGAUUUGAACAACUGCCUUCAUCAUCCUUCUGUAGCAAGAAAACUGGUAGAAUCCUCCAAUCUUUACUACGAAUAUCUUCGAAUCAUUAAUUGGUUCACUGGGAUGGAUGUUCAGUCACGGGCCAUUGGCGAUCACAUUUCGUAUGAUCGACUCUUUUAUGUUUCAUUUUAUCUGGAGAAAGAAGGAUCAGCAGUUCCUCUUAGCGGGAUAAUUUCGAUGCUUACUGGAAAAGAACACUUUGAAAACGAGCCGCGGUGGAAAAACACUGUCACCAGUACAUGGAAAUGCUUGAUGAGGGCUUAUCGCGAUUUUUUCGUUAGCAAAAGUUCUGGAAAAGUUGACCCAGAUACGAUUACGUUUAGUAUCUCGCUUCCAAGGCAGAUGAGUGCGAUAAUUUACCACCUUCGGAAGUCUUUGCCCGGAUUGGGAUGGAAAGAAUUCUUCAGUUUCGAAAGAGAUCAGCUGGAAUCAUUCUUGCAUACUGCGCAGCAUACAAUUGCGGGGAUGCAUGAGGUACGGGCUCGUGUCUGGGUUCGAAAUGGCGACAACACCCGUUCUCUUGUCCAUGUCUAUCGAUCAGCUUCGUUCUCAGGGACGACUUUCGAUCUUGACUUGCAUCUUGUACAACUUGUCUGGGCUUAUUUACCACCGAAUCUGCUGGUUCAGCAGCUUUUUGAACGUCUGAGAGUGUGGAAGAUGAUAAAAUCAGACGAAAUUGAUGAGGCAAUCGAUGAUAUAUGCAGUGAUACUACACUGGACGAGUCUAAAAUUGCUUCUUUGCUCGAAUCGGCGAUGAUAACAAUUCUGACGACUAUUGGAGUUGAAAAGUUCACAACGGAGAUAACUCCCAUUGAACAACUGGAGAAGGAAGUUAUCUGUGUUUUAGCGGCAAGAGAUCGAGGUCAUUCAGACCUCGCUGAUCAAAUCCCUGGGCUAUCGGAUGUUCAAGAAUACGACGUGAGCAACUUCAAGCUGAAAAGUUCCGACCUUGACGAAGUGCUUGAUCGGGUAGCGACGUUCAACAAACCAAAGGAUCUUGGAGAAGGCUCUUACAGUUUAUCAGAUGCUGGCUGGGCAAAAUAUGACCCGAUCUUUACCCUCCAUCGGUGCGUGCUGGUCGAAGAUCUCAUGCGAUGUAGACAAAAACACUACCUCAAACUCCGAGGAAAAAGAACUGAAAAAGACGUAAAUAGACUUAUUGGUCUGAACUAUCGUCCGCUGCCAAAACUUUCAGACAUGUACAGAGGACUCUACGACGUUCUUAAAUCAUCGUUGCUUCAUUCCAUCUGCUUUCUGACUUUUUGGCAUCAUAUUCAAGAUGAAGAGUGUUUCCGAUCCAGUAUGGUAGCAUAUUGCUUGAUUAUUCUCGACUGGGCGAUUGACACGUCUGACUAUGGAAACGUCAAAGAUACGGACCCUGAAUCUGGUUGGAGUCUUUAUUCCUCUGACUGCAUUAUGACAAACUCGAUGCAAGAGAUCGAAGGAAAGGGUUGCAUGCUCGACCUUUUGGUAAAGCUCUGUUAUCACAAAAACUACAAAAAGGAAGAUGACAACGAGGGCUUCAAUGGAAGCGCUGACUCUGACAUGCUUAAUCUCAUCAAACGAAUAAUCCUUAAAUUUUCGAAUAAAUCUGCUACUUGUCAAACUAAAAUCAAUGCUGUACGGGCGCAAUACGAAGCUAAUGAGGAAAAAAGGAGGGCGAAAAAUAAUAAAGAUAGUGGUACUAAAGUUGCGAACAAAAAGCUGAUGGCCCAAGAAGCGCGUAAACGAGCUCUUGAGAAGAUGAAGAAGAAAUCUGCCGCAUUCAGCACUGAAAAUAAGGCAGACCUCGAAGGAAUGGGUUCACCAUUUAGAAAUAUUUCCGAUUUUAGAUUUAUUAAAAACCCAUACGAGAAAUCGCAAUGGAAACAUCAGACGUUGACAGUCCAAUCUGUUGCAUUUGCCGCCAAGACAUUUGUCAAGGCUCUCUUCAAACUCUCUUAUGUUCAAGCCUGCGUCAAGAUCAUUCUCGAGCACAAUCUCUUUUCUCCAUCCGAUUUGUCCUCAGAUUUGCCUCCAAAAACAAAGGUUAUUUUCUCAACCAUAGCGUCGAUCAUCCGCGACGAAGAAGCUGCUUUUGGAGUCAAUGCCCUCGGAGAAUACAUUUCUUCAUCAGUUCUUACAAAAAGUGCGCUUUUGGAAAAAAUUCAGCAGUAUAUGACGCCUUUCAUAAAAAUGUCGGCUUUGCUGUGUCACCACGUGUUUCCAUACUCACACAGUAUCGAGCCUGAUCUCAAGUGGAGCACAAAGCAUGAUGUUUUCAGUCUCUGCAGCUACAUUGGAAUAAUACCAGAACUCGCGAAUAAUGAUGCUAUCAACGAACUAACGGAGGCUAAAUUUGACCUAGUCGACCUCUUCUUCGAGCCAGUACCUUUUAUUCAAAAUCUGCUUCAAAAUUACUUACACGCUGCUAAUCUCAACACCAAAAAACUCCCUCCCGGAAAGAAUAACAAUAAAAAGAGUUUUCUUUCUAAUUCUGCCGCCGUUCUUCUAAAGCCCGUCUUCUUCAACAAGCCCCAAUUGCUAAAACCUCCAAAACUAUUCCGUGAUCUACUCAAUUCAUGUUUGAAAACGCCUUGUCAAGCCUGUGGAAAACUACCAAAGAAGAGCGUCAUUUGUCUUGUCUGUGGCGAGUUAAUUUGUUAUAACGAGCAUGAUAAUCGAAGCCAAGCUGAUAACCCCUGUCAUGAGGCUGGCCACAUUUCCCCUAUCAAAUCUCAUAUUGAUAAAUGCUCCGCUGGGAACGGAAUCUUCUUCGUUCUCUUCGAUGUCUCCAUUAUGAUCAUCAGAAACAACAUGAUCCUUCGACGUUGGGGCUCCAUUUACCUCGAUAAAUACGAAGAGGAAGACUUCAAAAUCAGACGCGGGAAACCACUCUAUUUGUCCGAGACGCGAUUCAACAUCCUCGAGAAAAUUUGGAUCAGCUCUGCUUUCCCAAGGUUUGUUAGUUUGAGAAAGACAACGCCGAAAUAG